ACUAAUAUUAAAGGUUGUGAUAGUAUGCUGGUAUAAAUGUGACUACUAUCAAAAUAACAGUAGGACAGUCAGUGGUGAUGGUGAUGGUGGUGUGGUAAGGCUGUUCAUGUUGGAGAUCUUGGUAAUGCUGGUGGUGCUCAUGAUGUAG